UUUUCCAGCGAAGUGGGCACCGCCAAACAAGUUCAUGGACAAAAUCCGCCUCCCAAAUUCCAGGGACAAUAGGAUGGUAAAUGUCUUAAAAUUUUCCGAGCAGAUCAUAUAAUCCAGCCCAGAGGGCCAGAGGGGCCUCGGCUACCCUCAUAAAUUAGAAAAGUUCAAGUUUUAGUACAUGAUUUUUGUUAAAAUAUGUAAGUCAGUUCAUAAGGCUUUGAUAACCAUAUCCCGUGUCUCGACUUGUGAAAUCGGUGGAAGCCCGUUCUUCUCAGAAUCCCUUUUUUUUUUUGUUGUGGGGAGGCGUUCUCAUGCAUUGGCUUCUCUACAUAAACGCAAGGGGCUGUUCUAGUGUUCCCCCUUAUCAGUGACAGAAGAGGGCUGCUUCUUACAAGGUGGGGAAGAUGGGGUGGGCUGCUUCUUUGCUCUUUCUAUCGCUAUUGCUGGUUGGUGUGUUGUUCCAGGAGACCCAUCAGAUCAGCAGGGAUGACUUCCCACCGGACUUUGUUUUUGGAGCAGGAACUUCUGCCAUUCAAGUAGAAGGAGCAGCGGCAGAGGAUGGGAGGAGUCCUAGCAUUUGGGACACUUACGUUCGUUCUGGAAAAAUGAUGGACAACAGCAACUUUGACAUAGCUGCUGAUCAAUACCACAGAUACAAGGAAGAUGUCAAACUCAUGUCAGAUAUGGGAUUAGAUGCUUACAGGUUUUCUAUUUCAUGGACAAGGCUGCUUCCAGAAGGAAGAGGUGCCAUCAACCCGAAGGGCCUGCAGUACUACAAUAACCUUAUCAAUGAAUUAAUUAGCUAUGGAAUUGAACCCCACGUCACUCUCCACCAUCUUGAUAUCCCUCAAGUGCUUGAAGAUGAAUACGAAGGAUGGUUGAGUCAAAAAAUUGUGGAAGAUUUCAGAGCAUAUGCAGAUGUUUGUUUCAGAGAAUUUGGUGACAGGGUGAAGUAUUGGAGCACAUUGAAUGAGCCCAAUAUAGUGUCACUUGGCGCUUAUGACCAAGGGAGCAUGCCACCUGAACAUUGCUCGCAUCCAUUUGGAAUGCAGAACUGCACAGCUGGAAAUUCCUCAGUAGAGCCAUACGUUGCCACUCAUAAUCAGUUGCUAGCACAUGCAGAAGCUGCUAGACUCUACAUGGAAAAAUAUCAGGCCAAACAAAACGGUUGGAUAGGAAUUUCAAUCUAUACAUUCUGGAUGGAACCUCAAACAAACAAGACUGAGGAUGUUGCGGCAACCCAAAGAGCGCUCGAUUUCAUGGUCGGAUGGUUCUUUAACCCUCUGGUGUUUGGAGACUACCCCGAAAUUAUGAAGAAGAAUGCAGGCUCGAGGCUGCCAGCUUUCACCAAAAGCCAGUCACAAUUAGUGAAGGGCGCCUUCGAUUUCAUCGGGAUAAACCAUUACGCUACCAUCACAAUUGCCGAUAAACUUAGACCUGGAGAUGGUCUGCGAGACUAUACCGGUGAUAUGUUUGCUACUUUUGUGCAGGGAAAUCAAUCAUCAUCAGGGCCCCCACCAAUUGUAAUUUCAGUCACCCCCUCGGGAAUAGAACGAAUGCUGGAAUACAUACAGAAGACUUACGGAAACCCUCCGAUUUACGUUCAUGAAAAUGGUCGUGGAAUAGGCCUGAACGUGAAACUGGAAGACUAUGAACGCGUUGAUUAUUUGAAUAGCUAUCUUGAGUUUGUGCUGAAAGCUGUAAGGAACGGAUCAAACACUAAAGGAUACUUUGUUUGGUCAUUCCUCGACAUGUUUGAAAUAUUAUUCGGUUACCAAGUUAAGUACGGGCUCAUUGAAGUGGACUUUACGGAUAAAAAUCUCCCUCGACACCCCAGACAAUCAGCACACUGGUAUUCUGAUUUCCUGAAGAGGAACAACGUGAAGAUAGAAAAAGCUGUUGUAUCUUCCUAUCAAUCUACUUAGAAGGUAGAGUUAUUGCUCCUACACAGUAGCAGUGCCAACAUUUAUUUUUAUUUAUCAAAUGUAUCUAUAACUUGAGCUAUUGACAGAAGAUGAAUGAGGGGUUUAAGUUCUGGAGAGGUCCUGUCUGACCUGAUCUGAACUGUAAGAUUUCUAUGUUUCGGAUGGACCGAAAAAAUUUAAGAUGUAAUCAUGUUCAUCUUUCCCUCAC